AGACAAAUUUCCUCCACCACCCGCAAGCCUCCCGUCGUUCGACCAUUGAGCAAUUGCUCCGCGGACCCUUUGUGUAAAAGUACUACUGUACGUACUUCGUACUCGUACACAUACCAGGACCCUGAUCUGAAGACUGAUCGUCCUCUGACUCGUUGUCUUGCGCCUCGUCAUCUUUAAUGCCAUCUUAAUGCCAUCUCAUUUUGCGGAGAAGGCAUAGAGAAAUUCCUCGUCGUCUAUCUGUGGUCGCAUGUCCUCCCUAUCCAUACCAUCAAACUCCUUCUUCGCUUGCAAGUCUCGCGACCUCACCACUACUUUUCCCUCGCCGGGACGAAACGCGUUCCUCGCAAGGUUCACAGAAGGCCCUCCCACCCACAUCCACAUGUUACCCUCACCGGCAACCACCCGCAUGAACUCGUCUGCGAAAGUAUACUACUGUGCUGUCGCCUCAAGGGAUGCAAGCCCCCAGGACUAGAGCAGAGCUGCAGCAACAGAAAGCAAAACUUGCGAACUCGUAUUCAGAACUGCUGGAGUGAGUGUUUCGCCGCAGCCUUGCAUGUCCGGCUACUCAAUUAACCGGCCAUGCAGACAAUUUGCGUCCAAAGAACUCAAAAACGUCGGGAAUUACACUGUCGGGAAACUCAUUGGCAAGGGUUCUUUUGGCAAAGUAUACCUUGCCAGACACAACCUCAUCAAUGGCUCCAAGGUCGUCCUCAAGGCGUCGAACAAGGAAGACGCAAACCUUGCGCGAGAGAUCCAUCAUCACCGCCAAUUCAUCCACCCCCAUAUCGCGCGACUAUACGAAGUUAUAAUAACAGAGACACACGUCUGGUUGGUUUUGGAAUACUGUCCCGGUGACGAACUAUACAAUUAUUUGUGCAGAAACGGGGCACUUCCGGUCGAGACUGUACAGAAGAUCUUCACUCAGCUGGUCGGAGCCGUUGCAUAUAUACAUAGCAAAUCUUGCGUCCAUCGCGAUCUGAAGCUGGAAAAUGUUCUGCUGGACAAGCACGACAAUGUCAAGUUGUGCGAUUUCGGUUUCACCAGGGAAUACGAGGGCAAGGCCAACUACCUGCAGACCUUUUGCGGAACGGUAUGCUACAGUGCGCCGGAGAUGCUGAAAGGUGAAAAGUACGCGGGUGAAAAGGUCGAUGUCUGGAGUCUGGGUAUCAUUCUCUAUGCACUCCUCAAAGGGGAACUUCCCUUCGACGAAGACGAUGACGCAGCAACGAAGGCAAAAAUAUUGAAGGAUGACCCAGUCUACCCGGACACAUUUCCGGAAGCGGCGCAAACCCUGAUAUCGAAACUGCUGUCUAAGAGACCGCUGUACAGACCUACAUUGUCAGAUAUCCUUGCGGAUCCUUUCCUCGCUGAACAUGCACCGGCGCAGCAGGCCAUAUUAAAACUGUCUCAACCCGCCGCCUUCACGACCCAGUUGGAAAAAGACACGCUGGAGCGAAUGCGAGCUGCCGGUGUCGAUAUCGACAAGGUUAUAGAGAAUGUUCUUGCUCAGCGCUGUGACGGCUUAUCCGGGUGGUGGUCGUUAUUAAUCGAGAAGGAGACGAGGAAGCAAGCACGACGAGAACGGAAGCGGAAAGAGAAAGAAGCGGAGAUGAAACUGCUCAGGCGGCUCAGUGGUGCGAGUAGUCGUGUUGAGAGGAUCGCACCGACGUUGGUGGAGGUUGACGAAGAAGGAACACAUACAGGAUCGCAUGCAGAGACGCAGUCACGCCGCAGCAGUAGCCGAGGACGGACACAGCGGAGAAGUACACCUCAGAUACUCGUCAGCGACUUACCACAGCUUCCAGAAGGUGAUGUUGUACGCUCGGCGAAUUCGGCCACACCACCGCCACCGAUCGACAAGGAUUCAAUGCGCUCGCACAGUGGUUCGCGGCCUCCUCUCCCGCCGAAGGAACGCAGCCGACGGAGCAGUACUCUGCAGAUGGUCUCGACAAACCCAGACCUGCUUGGACCUGGAAAUGGAAUCGCGAAAAGGCGUGGGGUUAAACUACGCAACCGGCAAUUCCUGAACCAACUCACAGCCUUGAAACAUUGGUUUGUCGAGUCUACGAAGAAGGCCAAGUCGCCGGUACGGCCCAGGGGAGAUAAGUUUCUGAAUGGCAAUACUGCUCCGGGGAUCGGGCAGAACUCCAAGAGUACAUCCGCUCUCGACCGAACAAGCCGCAACUACGCUCCUCCGGUCUCUCGAAGGUCAUCCUAUGGCGCCGCUUUGACGCCUGUGGCAUCGAACUCGAACUCUGGUCCUGUGAUUGCCAUCAAAACAUCGGGUUCUCGUAUCGACGCCGCGCGUGUCAGGUCUCACCGCAACUCACUUUCUCCUUCGCCGCUGACACCACGCUCUUCGUUCAAUCGGCGCAGCUCCACCGGGCUCCGCGGCCGCAAGUCUACUUCGUCGUCGGUAAGUUCGAUUCGGAGCAUGCCUCGCCACGCAAGUCACAGCAAAGCAUCAAGCCAGAGCAGCAACAGUCUGGACACGAUCCACAGCCCUGGAACUCGCAGCGCCGCGAGGAGUCCGCACUCCUCCAUCAAGGUACUGCCGAACACGCCGGUUGGGAGUGCAUUCCCCAGCAACGUGCGCAUCAUCCGAACACCGAACGGACCGGAGGCGAGCCUACAACCGCGCCCGCUAUCGGGAAUACGUGAUGAAGGAUUACCUGGCACUCCGAAUCAUUUCGGAGGAGUCAUGUUUGCAAAGAAGAAACGAAGUCCGUUCAAAGGGCCCAUGUUGAACAGUUCACUCUUUGGUGCCGGCGUUCCUUCCAGUUUCGGUAGUCCCGCAAUCGCGGGCUCCGGUAUCCACCACCCCAGAAGUCGAGAAGGUAGUGAUGGUAAGAUGAACCUCGCUUUGGGAUUUGGAUUUACAGGUGCUGGUGCUGGUGCUGGUGCUGGUGCAGGAGGAGGACUAGGGAGACGAUCCAGUAGUGGUCGUGGAAAGGGCGGGAGACGGAAAAGUCAAAUUAUUGAAGAGGAAGAGGAGGAAGAGGAAGAGGGGAGAGAAGUAGAAGAAGAAGGUGAACCAUCAGACGAAGUUGAAGAGGUGGAUGCGUUCCAAGCGGUCGAGUUGGGAAAAGGUGAGAGAGUACAGAGUAUCACUAUUUGGAACGACGGCGAAGAUCAAGAUGAAGUUGGAGAUUUGGUGAGUGGAUUGAAGAAUUUCAACAAAGUCAUGUGAAAAAAGAACAUGUACGGAGUGAGGAUUUCAUGUAUGGUUGCGACGACUGUCUGAAACCAUUUCUGUUCAGGUGACUGUCAAUACGGCAUUUACACCGUUUCUGAAGAUGUUGGAUGUGAUUGUUGUAAUGAACCUUUCGAAGAGAUGGGGACUAUGCAUCUACCUGGGUACGUCUUGAGUAGGUCUUGAGCACCUUUGGAGGACUUGCGAAAGACCUUGUAUAUAAACAAAACGAUUUGAUGAACAGUGAUGUCGAGGGGCGUGUUGUGCUCUGGUAUUUUUCCCCAAGAUUGGUUUUGGUUUGGUUUGGUUCAUAUAUGGUAUAUGUCCCAAGGGGAAAAAUCAUACUUGGUAUAUACCAAGGUAUAUAUAUAGUCGCUACCUCCAAUUGAGCGUCAGACGUUCAAUGUCUUUGUUCAGCACCUUCAUAGAAACACUGGAAGCUCU